AAGUAAAUAAAUAAAACAUAUAUAAUAAAAUAAAAUGAUAGGUGAGAAACCAACGGAUUGCAAACUAUCAAUAACCUUCCCCAAUUGCAAUAUUUGAUUGGAGACUCCUCACGAAGAUUUGUUGCUGUAGCGUAGUCUUCAUAGUUCUCGAUCGAUGAUGAAAGAUUCGGAUCAGAAUGCAUUGCACAGCUUUCUCGGAGUAUCUUUAACAAACACAUUUGAUACAAAACCUAGCAAAGACAUUGUUUGACGAAAGAAGAAGGGCAUGGGUCUUGGUUUUCUUCUGUUGAAGCAAGAUGUUCAUCCUCAAGUCCACCUUUUUCUUCUUCUCCAGGAGGAGACCUCAAUCUCAACGGCAGCUCUCUCACCUUUUAAUCACAACUUGCAUGCAAAACAACCCAUCUUGGUCACCUCUACGUUUUACAUCAACAACCCAAAACUCUCAUGCCCCGGAUCUCCGUAUACUAAACAAGAAAAUCACCCAUUUAAUCCGAAGUGGACGAGUCGAUGAUGCUAAACAACUGUUUGACGAAAUGACUGAGCGAAAUACUGUAACUUGGAAUUCGAUUAUUACGGGUUAUGUACAACGUAGAGAGAUGACCAAGGCCCGGAAACUGUUCGACGAAAUGCCUGAGAGAGAUGUUGUGUCGUGGAAUUUGAUGAUAUCGGGAUAUGUGUCAUGCCGCGGGAGCAGAUAUAUAGAGGAGGGGAGGUACUUGUUUGACCGAAUGCCGGAGAGAGAUUUUGUUUCUUGGAAUACAAUGAUUACUGGGUAUGCAAGAAAUGGGAGGAUGGAUGAAGCAUUUUAUCUUUUCAAUAGCAUGCCUAAAAAGAAUGUGGUGUCUUGGAAUGCAGUGAUUUCUGGUUUUUUACACAAUGGUGAUGUGAAAAUUGCGAUUGAGUUAUAUGAGAGAAUGCCUGAGCGUGAUGCGGCUUCUCUUAGUGCGCUUGUAUCGGGUCUAAUUCAUAAUGGGGAAUUAGACAAGGCUGCCAUGGUUCUCCUUGGAAGUGGGAAAAGGGAUGAUGAUAGAGAAGAUUUAGUUCAUGCUUAUAACACUUUGAUUGCUGGGUAUGGUCAAAGAGGAAGGGUUGAUGAUGCUAGACGCCUUUUUGAUCAAAUCCCUUUUUCUUCUGAUCGCAGAAGAGGAGAUGAUCGGAGGUUUGAAAGAAAUGUGGUGUCAUGGAAUUCUAUGAUUAUGUGCUAUGUGAAAGCGGGGGAUAUUGUUUCUGCUCAAGAGCUAUUUGACCAAAUGGUGGACCGAGAUACUUUCUCAUGGAACACCAUGAUCAGUGGUUAUGUUAACAUGUCAGAUAUGGACGAAGCUUCAAACCUCUUUUGUAAAAUGUCAGAUCCUGAUAUACUGUCAUGGAAUUCAAUGAUCUCGGGUUUUGCCCAUAUGGGUAAUUUGGAACUUGCUUAUGAUUUUUUCAGAAGGAUGCCACAGAAAAACCUAGUUUCAUGGAAUUCCAUGAUAUCCGGAUAUGAGAAAAAUGGGGACUGUGAAGGAGCAAUUGAACUUUUCAUUCAGAUGCAAGCUGAGGGAGAGAAACCUGAUCGACACACCUUCUCUUCUCUUCUCAGUGUUUGUGCUGAGUCAGUGGCUCUGCAACUGGGUAUGCAAAUCCAUCAGCAGGUCAUAAAGAUGGUUGUCCCAGAUGUUCCGUUAAAUAACUCCCUGAUUACUAUGUACGCAAGAUGUGGAGCCAUUAUCGAGGCAAGGGCCAUUUUUGAUGAGAUGAAAUUGCAGAAAGAUGUAAUCUCUUGGAAUGCAAUGAUUGGGGGAUAUGCAUCCCAUGGAUUUUCUGCAGAGGCUCUAGAAUUUUUUGGAGUGAUGAAGAAGCUUAAAGUUCGGCCAACUUAUAUUACAUUCAUUUCAGUUUUGAAUGCAUGUGCUCAUGCUGGACUAGUGGAAGAAGGCCAGAUGCAUUUCAGGUCCAUGGUGAGUGAAUUUGGUAUUGAACCACGAGUGGAACAUUUUGCCUCCCUUGUGGAUAUCGUGGGUCGUCAUGGGCAGGUUGAAGAGGCCAUGGCUCUGAUUAAUAAUAUGCCAUUUGAGCCAGAUAAAGCUGUGUGGGGUGCAUUAUUGGGUGCUUGUAGGGUGCAUAACAAUGUGGAGUUAGCCCGAGUUGCAGCUGAAGCAUUGACGAGGCUCGAACCAGAAAGCUCAGCCCCCUAUGUGUUGCUGUAUAAUAUGUAUGCUGACGUUGGGCGAUGGGAUGAUGCAACUGAAGUGAGGAUGGUGAUGGAGAGAAAUAAAAUUAGAAAGCAACCAGGGUAUAGUUGGGCAGAUUCCUCCUCGUGAUUGAAGGUAUUUAUGCACUAAUGGGAAGUUGCAAUCAAGUUCUUACAUAUUUAAUAUUUCAUUCAAAUUGUUGCUAAUUUAGUGACAGAACACAUGAGAUCAUCAGAGCGUAGGGGGAACGCUGUUCAAUGGGGAACGUGGAGCAAUGCAGUUCAGGUGCUGUUGAGGCACAAUGAGCAUUUGUGACUUGGGCUUUCUGUGGUUGGAGCUGUGUCUGAUACGUUUUUGAAACCCACUGCACAUCCAAUCUUUAUUUGGGUGAUUUAUCCAUGUUGACUCAUUGCAGCUGGACGCUAAGAUAAAAUUAGAUGGAUAUGUUAUUAUCUAUAAUGUGAAAUCCAGUUUAUCGGGGAUGGAAGUGUGUAUGACUAGGGAUUUUGAGUUGCUAUGCAGAAGCAGUCUUGGCAAACUAUCGUCUAACUUCUCCUAUAGCUCAACACAAGAAUGUUGAACAAGUCACAGGCGCAUGCAUGAAACCUCCAAGCUUGUGCAUUGUUACAGUGCAGAAUUUAUGUCUGGUAGAAGUGUGUAUGACUAUCUCCACAAACAAAAGGGUACAUUUAAACUACCAUCUUUACUAAGAGUAGCAAUUGAUAAAUCGAGGGGUAUGCACUACAUACACCAAAACAGUAUAAUUCACAAAGACUUGAAGGCUGCCAAUCUUCUGAUGGAUGGAAAUGAAGUAAUAUGAACCUAGUUUGUUUGCUGUGGACCUUUGACUUUUUUGGCAUUUGCUUAUGAUUGUUCUUUUGAAUAGACGUUUAUAGAACACAAGCCCUACGAUCACAAGGCGAUGAAGGAGAGGAUAGACACGGUGAAAUCAUGGUGGAUUUCUUUUGGUCCUUGGACGGGGACAACACUAAAGUGAGGGUUCACAAUUUUGGAGUGAAUUUGUCACCUCUGUAUGUAAUUGGGUACUAAAUUUAACCGAUGUUUAAUCAUAAAUUAGUUUCAUCAUACAUGUAGAGGAAUGUUAUUUUUUUACCUUUCAUAUUGGAAUCAAUAAACUGCAGA